CUUCUCCUUCUCCUCUCACUCCCGACUGCACCGCCUCAUCUGUGGCGUCCACAAACCCCGGUCUCAGCUGACAGACGCCAGCCAGGAGCCGCACUAUUGUUGUUGUUGUUGUUGCGCGGUUUUCUCCGUCACACAUCCUAGCGCAAACGAUUACGGCAGAGAGAGAAGCGGCAGCAGCUUUGUGUAGCUAGUAUAAUAUCAUCUGUCCGACGACAGGAAAAAGGCAUGUCUGCGCAGCCCGGUGAGGAGCUAGGCUCGGAGGGGAAGUGGUUUGGGGAUGACUAUGAGAGGAACGGCCUGUUUGGUAACACACAGAGCCGCUUCGGCGAGCUGCGCGAAGAAUUGAAGCCGAGAGGCGGCGACGCGUUGGGCGACCUGGAUCAACAAUUUCAUCCUUUCCAGGACGACGGGAAAAGGCCUCCCGUUGCUAUGGAAACUGCAUCUACAGAUGAUCCCAUGUCUGGCCUGUUCAGGAAGCCUAUGAAUGAUGAUGGUGAUGUCUACACUUCCCUGCUGUCCAAUCAGACCUUCACAACGGGCCAGGAAGCCUCCUACCUGUCUGACGACCUGAAGCCCUCUAGCCACGCUUCAGGUUCUUCUUCCUUGGAUCACUUCUCAAGUGACACCUACAGCUUCAGCUCCAAGAUGACUUCCAGCCAAGCUAGUGAUGCAGCAAAAUCUCUGCUGGGCUCAGAUAAGACAGAAUCCUACAACUACAUGGACAUCAGCCACGGCGACGAGCGCCCUGACCAGCAACAGGGGGCUCUGCACAACCUGCUGGACAAAGGCUCAGCUGGACAUGACUUAUUGGGCAGCUACAUUGAUAAGAAUCCCAGAAGAGAUGAGGAUGAUGAGGAUGAAGAAAAUCUAGGUCCGGCACUGGGCUCCCAUUCUUUCCCCUAUGUUGAGGAGCCAUCUGAUGAGGAGCUGGGAGACUACCGUUCCUACCGAAACCUAGGCGACACGCCACAGACGGCCAGCCCGGUGAAGAUCACUUUGACCGAGUCCCAGCCAACAACUACUAAGGCAGAGCCGCCGCCACACCCCCCCUCAGUCAAUGCGUCUGAACGUGAAAGCGUCCUCAGUGUGGGCAUACAGGGGGUCCCCACUGUCACGCUGUCAGAGCCAGAGGACGACAGCCCAGCCUCCACUCCCAGUGCUUCACCAACAAAAAAAGAUUUCCCCUCUCAUGACAUAUUCAAGUCUGAUGCAGUUUCCAAAAGCAGCCCAGGCACAAAGGGCAGUGGCAGGGACCAUGAUGGCAGCAGCGCAGAGUCUGGGGACUCUGAGAUUGAGCUGGUGUCUGAGGAACCUCCUAAGGCCAGUAGCAACCCAUUUGCCCAGCCACCUAAAAGCAAGGGCACGUUCAGCCAGCCUAACAACCCCUUUGACAGUCCCCCAGUUGCCAAGGGUGGUUUAGGCCUCGCUGGCAGUCACGCUCCACCCACAGCUUACAGCAUACUGAGGGAAGAGAGGGAGGCAGAGCUUGACAGUGAUCUCUUCAUUGAGUCUGCGUCCGAAGAAAGCCCAAAGAGAGAGCAAGGCUUCAGUGGCCCCAAACAGGGAGUCAGCCCUCCCUCCCCCCUGGUUCCCACCACUGUCCCUCCCCGCAGUACCACUGAGGGGGCGCCCGUUGAGCCCCUGGUUUCAGAAAAGAUCAAGACCCCAGUGAAAAAGGAGGAGGAUCGCCCUAGCAAACCAAAGCCCCCAACUGCGGCCGUGCCUCCCGAGGUGCGAUCAGAAAAGCUCCACCAGGAAGACAUGCACAAAAUCACCAGCGAGGGCAAAGGAGACCUGGGAAAGCCUAUUGCAUCAACUUUCCUGGAGGGCUUUGAUAAACAAAAAGCGAUUGAUCUGCUCUACUGGAGGAAUGUGAAGCAGUCAGGGGCCGUGUUUAGCAGCGUGCUUCUGCUCCUCUUCUCCCUGACCCAGUUCAGUGUGGUCAGUGUCGGAGCUUACUUAGCCCUGGCUGCCCUCUCGGCCACCAUCAGCUUCAGGAUCUACAAGUCUGUACUGCAGGCUGUGCAGAAGACAGAUGAGGGACAUCCUUUCAAGGCCUACCUGGAGAUGGAAAUCGCUCUGUCUCAGGACCAGAUUAGUAAAUAUGCUGACAAAAUCCUGCUCUACACCAACACCUGUAUGAAGGAGCUCCGCAGGCUGUUCCUUGUACAAGAUCUGGUUGACUCUUUGAAGUUUGCUGUUCUGAUGUGGCUCCUGACCUACGUAGGCGCUCUCUUCAACGGCCUGACACUGCUCAUCCUAGCUGUGGUCUCCAUGUUCACCUUGCCUGUGGUCUAUGAGAAACAUCAGGCACAAAUUGAUCAGUACGUGGGACUAAUACGGACCCAGGUCAACUCUGUGGUGGGCAAGAUCCAGGCAAAGAUCCCUGGAGCCAAGAGGAAGGAGGAGUAGACCCACGUGUCUCACCGAGAAGCUGACAGUCCAGUCCAGCUCGGAGUCAGGCCCACCGUUAAAGAGCCUGGUCGUCAUCUGUGGGGCGUAGUGCUAUGUCAUCUUGGUGUUCUCUAAAAGCAUCCACUGGAGAAGCCUUCACCUUGUCUAUAGCAGUCUAAUCACUAACACACACACAAACAGUCACACGUAUGCACAUAAUCCUGUUUCUAGGUAGACAAGUACACAACUCGAAGACAAAAAAAGAAACUGACUUUUUUUGUGUUGCUUAUUAUGAAGUGCAUGAAGUCGAGCCUUGGGUAAAUAAUAUUUGAUAUCUUUUGUGCAGUUUUUAAAAGUCACGCUACAUCUUUUGCUUUGCAGUGCUUACCACAAACUGUACGGUUUGGCACAAAAUGGCUAAACGCCCACAGACGUGCUCUGCUGCCAAUGUUGAAUACCGCUUCAUGUUUCUGAGUUAGCAGAUGGGGCUUCUCUCAGUAUAUGUCAAUAUAUAUAAAUAUCCAAAAUGAUUUCCUUUUGGUGUUUCCAAGCACAAAAUAAUUUAACGAUAUGCGUCUUAGAUGUGGUAAUUGUAGGGUUUUUGCUUUUGUAUAACCAUAAGGAACAAUACCCACGCUCAUGUUUUAGGUACUAUUGUACAACUUAUGAAGACAAGGAGUAUCUGGUGAUAUUUAGCUUGUUUGAAUAACUGUCCAACUUUGUACUAUGUUCAACUAUACUCUGUAGUUCUUUAGACCCUGGACUCUUUAACUAUUUGCACUCACAGUAUGUAUUUAAUUACAAGAAUAAGAAAAAUAAAUGUACCUUGGUGUAAAACUUC